AUGGAAGGGGAGGAAAAUUGCACAGCAGUUACUGAAUUUCUGCUCUUAGGAUUUUCAGAUCAUCCAGAACUCCGUAUUGUGCUCUUCUUGAUAUUCCUAGUGAUCUAUGCCAUCACGGUUUUGGGGAAUGUUGGAAUGAUUAUCCUGAUCAAGAUCAGCCUCCGUCUUCAUACCCCUAUGUAUUUUUUUCUCAGCCACAUGUCCUUUGUUGAUCUCUGCUAUUCUACCAUCAUUGUACCCAAAACACUGGUCAAUAUAUUAACAGAAGACCAGGUCAUCUCUUUCCUAGGUUGCACUAUACAAUUCUAUUUGUUCUGCACAUGUGUGGUCUCUGAAAUCAUACUGCUGGCAGUGAUGGCCUAUGAUCGCUUUGUAGCCAUUUGUAACCCAUUGUUGUACAUGACUGCUAUGUCUCAUAAGCUUUGCAUCCAGUUGGUCUGUGGCUCGUAUAUUUGUGGUACAGUGUGUUCUCUAAUUCACACCUGUUUCACCCUUAAGAUAUCUUCUUAUAGAUCCAACAUCAUUAAUCACUUUUUCUGUGAUCUUCCCCCACUCUUGUCUCUGUCCUGCUCUGAUGUCUCCAUCAAUGAACUACUGCUUUUCACAGUGGCAAGUUUCAAUGAGAUCGGCACUAUCAUCAUCAUCUUCACCUCUUACAUAUUUAUCCUCAUCACCAUUCUGAGAAUCCGCUCUUCUGAGGGCCGGCGCAAAGCUUUCUCCACCUGUGCCUCCCACCUCACUGCCAUUGUGAUUUUCCAUGGCACUAUCCUUUUCAUUUAUUGCCGACCAGGAUCUGGAAAUAUUCUAGAUUCAGACAAAUUCGCUACUGUGUUUUAUACAGUGGUGAUACCAAUGUUAAAUCCACUCAUCUAUAGUUUGAGGAACAGGGAUGUGAAAGAUGCCCUCAGGAAAGUGAUAGAUUCUGAAAUGGUGUUCCCAUGUACCAAAUUGGGGGGAAGGAGAGGAGAUUAA